AGAAAAAGUACAGACGAAAUAUCAGUGACCGGGUUCGUGAGCGUGGCCUGUCUUAUGACAAGCAUCUUGCACUGAAAAUCAUUUUUCCAGUUCGUUUUUCAAGAAGUUACUAAGAGAUGAGUUUACCAGCGUUUAUAGAUUUAACGGUUGAAGAGCAGGCUACGGAACUCUGUAGCUAUUUCAAAGCACUUGGGGCAUCGAAUGUAGAUGAUGAUCAGAAUUCUGACCUAAGCAACAUAGUUGCUGUUGCAGACCUGUGUUUCAAGGAGGGAAAUGAAGGAGAGGCUGAAGGAAUUUUAAACAGCAUUGUAUCCAUGGUAAUUCUUCUACCCAAUGAGAAAGCUGAACCUAUUAUUACUACAUUCUGCCAAAAGCUUGCAAAACCACCAUCCAAUAAACUAGGGCUUAUUUGUCUAAGAGUGCUUUCUGUGUUAUUUCAUGGACUAGAUCCAGUGAGUUCAACGCGAUACACAGUCUAUCACACAUUAGUGAAAGUGGCCGGCCAAGUGGAACAAAUUAAGUCAGUCUUCACCGAUCUGGACAAGAUGCGUGCUCAGUUAGGACCGUGCAAACCAAACAACGAGCAAAUGCAGAAGCUCCUUCGAAUUUUGCAUGAAGCUCUUCUUAACUCGAGAGAGAGUGAACUGGCUUCCAAAGUGAUGGUGGAAUUGUUGAGCACCUACACGACGGAAAACGCCUCGCAAGCACGAGAAGAAGCUCAACGCUGCAUCGUUGCUUCAUUGGCCGAUCCUAAUACCUUUCUCUUGGACCAUUUAUUGACCCUUCAACCUGUUAAAGUUUUGGAAGGUGCUCUGCUCCACGAUCUGUUGACUGUGUUCGUGACCGAAAAACUAUCGGCUUACUUGAAAUUUUACGAAGAAAAGAAAGAUUUCGUUGAAGGGCUAGGACUGAAGCAUGAGCAAAACCUUCGGAAAAUGCGCAUUUUAACUUUCAUGCAGUUAGCUGAGAAUUCCGUAGAACUGCCGUUUGAAACGCUAGAAAAACAGUUGCAGCUCACCGAAGAUCAAGUUGAAGAAUUUGUCCUUCAAGUUCUCAAGACUAAGCUGGUGCGAGCGCGAAUGGACCAACUGAAUAAAAAAGUCCUCGUGUCAUCUACAAUGCACCGAACGUUUGGUAAGCAACACUGGCAACAGCUUCGUGAAUUGUUGACCACUUGGAGAACUCAGCUGCGACAGGUCAAAGAUUCCAUGCUAACCAUCGUGAACGAGCAAGCAGAACUUCUCGCUCAACAAUCUUGAAUCGA